AUGUUACGUGCUAGAAUUCCCACAAAAUUCAGGCUUUCUAUGUAUAGCAGGUACGCUAUACCUUUGUCUAUAGCCGGGUCGGCUCAUCUCUUGCGUUUCAGCACGAUCACAAAGAGAAAUUCACAGAUUGAAAAUACUUCUAGAUUGAAACAAGUUCCUGUAGAUGACUCUUUUGGCCCUUCGAUACAAAAGCUAGAUGCUCUCAUCACAAUCAAAAAAUUUCAAAAAGCAUUCAAGUCGUUUUGGGCGACGAAAAACUCAAAAAAACGUCUUGGUCUAUACCAUUCAUUCAUGGCCAACAAGGACAUUUCCCUCUUGAACAAGAUUGCAUUAAGUUAUUUUGAUUUGAACUUCUUCAAGUCCAGAUCAAGUAUAGCCACUAAGAUUUUCACCGACCUUGUAGAUAAAGAUGCCACCUGCGAACAGAUACUUGAAUUUCUUGAGUACUUGGCGUGGUUAAGAAGAGAAUCGGGAAUCCCCACGAUGAAGUAUACUAUUAAUGAGAACUUACUGCUCCAGGUAGUAAACAAAUUUCCAAAAAGCCUUUAUCAUUUGUUAUUCCAUAGAGUCAUAUACUCAGGGCUGUUUAUACCAGAAGAAACUGUUAUGAAUAAAGUGUUCAAAGACCUAAGAGAGGGAAACAACUUAGACAGAUACGUGAGUGAGGUUUCGAAUCUUCCCAAGUCCAACUAUCUAUUGGACAGUCAUAAGCUGUCAACAGAGGAAAUGGACAACAUCCAGCACAUUUAUUCGUUCAACAUGUGCUAUAAGCUCAUCAACAACAUCAUUAAAAGAGGGAACAGAGAAAAGAGUGAAACAUAUUUGGAACUGUACAAUCAAAAACUCUUCGCAUACCAAACGUCAAAGUCUGACACGAAUUCCAAAUAUAUCGACGUUACCAAUAAGUACUAUCUUUUGAUUUUCAGAUAUACCCUAAUGUUCAACCCAAGCCAGCGAGACAUGGUUCUGAAGAGCAUACAAGAAAAAGGAUUGCCCAUAACGGAGAAAUAUUUAUUCUUGUACUUGGAGUACACUCAGAACAUGGGAGACUCUCAAGAAUUUAUGGCUACUGUCAAUCGAAUACUCAAGUUUUAUGGUGAAGAUAUCAGUGAUACAGCAGUAUCAACUGUGAUCGACCAAAUCUUCAAGUUAAUGAGGCAUCACAGAGUCUCAGACAUCAAAGUUAUAACGGGUUAUUAUUGCAGGUUUUUUAGAGAAGGGCAAGACCUUUUGACGAAACUAGGGAUCCUUUCUUAUAUCUAUGAUAACUCGGUCUCCAGGGAAGUCUCUAAUUUGCCUCAGAUAUCCAAGGACAAUGACGAUGAAAUUAUAGUAAAAACCCAGCUACAAAAACUACGAUAUGGAGCCAUUUAUACGUUAGCGGAUGUAUACAUUGGACUAUUUCGUUCUAUCCAUGAGACUCACAGUUUAAGAGAAAGUACUCUCUGUGACUUGUUUGAAUGUUACAUUUCAACUGUGCGAGAGAUCCAAAGUUGGGAGGAUGAUGCCAAUUUGAAAGAGUUAGAGCUUCGAACACAUCCGCUAUCAUCCAAAAGACUUCAAGACAAAAUUCUGAAAAUAUUCAUAGAUGAAGCACUAAAACUCAAGAACCUUGAAUUGGCCAACUAUUUCUUGGAACAAUCAACAACCAACAUAAAAUACUGUCUACUAACGGCAACUCCUUUCAACAUGGUAAUAGAAGCCGGCCGACACUCUGAUUUGGAGUUGUCUGUGCGUUGGUUCGUGUAUCUUCAAGAACAUGAGAUGCAACUGAACUUCCAUGCGGUUUCUGGUCUCAUCAAGGAGUUAACCAAAAUCGGUAGGACUGACCAAGCUGAGGAAUUGUACACCAAAAUCCUGCUUAAAAACUGCUCACGUAUUGAUGACCGUAAGAUCUUGGAGAUUGCAGCUAACAGCUGUUGGGAACUGCCAUCCCCAAGUAAAUAA